AUGUUCGUUCCCUUCCUCAACAUGAGGACCAUGGCCACAAAGACCUAUACCAUCAAGGCCAAGGAUAUCGGAGCAGCCACCAAGGCAGCCUCAGCCACCUCCUCAUACUACUCCAAGGCCACCACAGGUGUUGCUGCUAAAACUCGUGCCACAACCGUCCAGGCGACCACCACACGGUCCUACAAGAGCGACUUCUCGACCAACCCUGCUAGCAACUCUUCUUCCGUCGCAUCAGUUGGAGGCUCCAAGAGCUUUUCGGCCUCGCCUGUCUCUGCUGCUCCAGCUACAUCCUCGCCAUCGUAUUCGCCCUAUGGAGACGAUUCGGAGCCUGUCAAAGCUGCUACGUUGCCUCGAGUUGGUGGCGACAACGGUCAAUCGAUCGAUGGCUCUAUGCCCUUCCCCAAUGGCGCUACAGGAUUGAGGGAUGCUAUUAUUGGAGAUCGUUCUUUGGAAGAGGGCGAGGACUGGACCCGCUCAUUCUCUGGUAUGGCUAUCGAACCUUUUGAGAAGGAGGUUGCCGAGAUCCUGAUGAAGCCUCUUGACGCUGACGACAUCGAGAUCAAGCCAGACGGUUUGCUCUACCUUCCUGAGAUCAAGUACCGCCGAAUUCUGAACAAGGCAUUCGGCCCAGGAGGCAAGUGGCACGAGCAUUCUAUUUCGCCCAAGAACAUCUCGCGUGAAUAUGCAUUGGUCUGCAAAGGCCGAUUCGUGAGUACUGCCCGUGGUGAGCAAGCCUAUUUUGAUGCUGACAACCUUGCAACUGCCUCUGAGGGAUGUAAAUCUAACGCCUUGAUGCGUUGCUGCAAGGAUCUCGGAAUUGCCUCAGAACUUUGGGACCCUGGUUUCAUUCGCAAGUUCAAGAAACAAUACUGCGAGGAGAUGUUUGUAGAGCAUGCCGUGACAAAGAGAAAGAAGAAGCUUUGGAAGCGCAAGGACCAGGGUGAUUUCGAUUACCCUUACUCCAAAGCCAAGUUCUAG